CAUCUAUUGGUCAUCAAGCGCCAUUGCUCUGCCCCAGCUCCAGCAUGUCUGCAGCAGCCUGGGUAAAACUGCGCUCCAUAAUAAACAAGUGUAUUAGACGGCUGGCUCUUGGCGAAAAGGCUUAGAGAUACCAGAAUUGCUUACACUGAAGCCUCCUCUGCGACGUUGGUAGAGAACAGUACUUUCUCAGACUUUUGUGCAGCUAUGGGCACACAACAUCGUUUUGCUUGUCCUCCAGUCCCCAGAGGACGUCGGAUGGAGAAAGCUCCAGUAAAAGAGGAUAGUAAGGUGAAUCUAACGAGUGAAUCUUGAAAGGCGCUCCUUUUUUCCACUGAGUAACUUCUCGCUCGGGAUGAAAAGAAAAAGCAGUAGAUACCCAAGUCGCCCAAAUACAGAUCGGGAAAAGAGAUUGCAACAACCCGAGCGGCAGAAGCUGCAGAAGAAACAGCGGAGGCGGCAGGAGUAGCAGCGGUGGCAACCGUAGCCGCCGCCACUACCGCUGGACCCUGGAGCUUGGAGUUGUCAGUUGUGGCAACUGGGGAGGAGAAAGCAGCAGCAGCAGCAGAAGCUGCUGUCUCCACCGCCGCCGCCGCCCCAACCGCCACCACCGAAGGGGACCAGUGUCAUCCUCUCCCUUUCCCCCUCACUACCAUGUACAGUGUGCGCUGCAAGAAGAAGCGGAGAACCAUGCAAGGGCACCGUUACUUUUCUCUCCCUCUGGCCAGUCUCUGGGCGAGCAUGACUGACCAGGGGGAAAUGGUGUGAAGAAGAAAAAAGGAACGGGGAGGGGGAGGGGAGGAAGAGAAGGAAAUCAGGUCGGAGUCAGUAUUUUUCCCCCUUUUUGCAAAGGAACCAGAGGAGGAGGCUUGAACCUGUGCCUACUGCGGUUUGGGAGAAAGUUGAUGCCUAAUUUCAAUGGAAAGUGAGGUAAAAUGUACCCUUGCUGCUCCACAUUAACUUUGGAACAGGACCUCAACAGAAAAAUGCAUAUCUGGAUGCUGCAGACUAUAGCAUUUGCUGUAACAUCUCUCGUCUUUUCGUGUGCAGAAACCAUCGAUUAUUAUGGGGAAAUUUGUGACAAUGCAUGUCCUUGUGAGGAGAAGGACGGAAUCUUAACAGUGAGCUGUGAAAACAGGGGGAUCAUCAGCCUUGCAGAAAUCAGCCCGCCACGCUUUCCAGUCUACCACCUCUUGUUGUCUGGCAACCUUUUGAACCGUCUCUACCCUAAUGAGUUUGUCAAUUACACUGGGGCUUCAAUUUUACAUUUAGGGAGCAAUGUCAUCCAGGACAUUGAGACAGGGGCAUUUCAUGGGCUUCGAGGUUUGAGGCGAUUACAUCUGAAUAAUAAUAAACUGGAAUUACUAAGGGAUGACACUUUCCUUGGAUUAGAGAGUCUGGAGUAUCUACAAGUCGAUUACAAUUACAUCAGCGCCAUUGAACCUAAUGCUUUUGGCAAAUUGCACUUGCUGCAGGUGCUGAUCCUCAAUGACAACCUCUUGUCUAGUUUACCCAACAACCUUUUCCGUUUUGUGCCCUUAACGCAUCUGGACCUUAGGGGCAACCGGCUGAAACUUUUGCCCUACAUAGGGCUGUUGCAGCACAUGGAUAAAGUAGUGGAAUUACAGCUAGAAGAAAACCCCUGGAAUUGCUCUUGUGAGUUGAUCUCACUCAAAGAUUGGUUGGACAGCAUUUCCUACUCUGCUUUGGUAGGGGAUGUGGUUUGUGAGACGCCUUUCCGGUUACAUGGGCGGGACUUGGAUGAAGUGUCCAAGCAGGAGCUUUGCCCAAGAAAACUUAUCUCGGAUUAUGAAAUGAGGCCCCAGACACCCUUGAGCACUACGGGGUAUUUACAUACGACCCCAGCCUCGGUCAAUUCCGUGGCUACCUCUUCCUCUGCUGUUUACAAGCCACCACUGAAGCCCCCUAAAGGGACCCGCCAACCCAACAAACCCAGGGUGCGCCCCACUUCUCGCCAGCCCACUAAGGACUUAGCCUACAGCAACUAUGGCCCCAGCAUCGCCUACCAGACUAAAUCGCCGGUGCCUUUGGAGUGUCCUACUGCGUGCUCUUGCAAUCUGCAGAUUUCUGAUCUGGGCCUCAAUGUCAACUGCCAGGAGAGGAAGAUCGAAAGCAUCUCAGAGCUACAGCCCAAGCCCUAUAACCCCAAGAAGAUGUACUUAACAGAGAACUACAUCACGGUCGUGCGUAGGACUGAUUUCCUGGAAGCGACGGGACUAGACUUGCUGCACCUUGGAAACAAUCGCAUCUCGGUUAUCCAAGACCGUGCUUUUGGGGAUCUAACCAAUCUGCGACGACUCUAUCUUAAUGGGAACCAGAUUGAACGCCUGAGCCCAGAGCUCUUCUAUGGCCUGCAGAGUUUGCAGUAUCUCUUCCUCCAAUACAAUAUUAUCCGGGAGAUCCAGGUUGGGACCUUUGACACAGUCCCUAACCUGCAGCUUUUGUUUUUAAACAACAACCUCUUGCAGGCCCUGCCCGGGGGCAUUUUUUCUGGCCUCACAUUGCUUAGGCUGAAUCUAAGGAGCAAUUAUUUUUCUUCCCUGCCUGUGAGUGGGGUUUUGGAUCAGUUGAAAUCUCUCAUUCAGAUUGACUUAAACGACAACCCUUGGGAUUGCACUUGUGACGUGGUGGGCAUGAAGUUGUGGGUGGAGCAGCUCAAAGUGGGGGUACUUGUGGAUGAGGUUAUUUGCAAAGCCCCCAAGAAGUUCGAGGAGACCGACAUGAGGUCUAUUAAGUCGGAGCUUUUGUGCCCAGAUUAUUCCGAUGUGGUGGUUUCUACACCUACUCCUUCCUCCAUCCAGAUCCCACCACGAACCACCUCCUUGCCCUCCACGGUCAGAUUCAACAGCACAGGCGCCACCGCGGGGGGUGGUUCUGGGAACAGCGCCUCUUCAGUCCCCUUGUCCGUGCUGAUCCUCAGCUUGCUGCUUGUCUUCAUCAUGUCAGUCUUUGUGGCUGCUGGGCUCUUUGUUCUUGUGAUGAAAAGGAGAAAGAAGAACCAGAGCGAUCACACUAGCACCAACAACUCCGACGUGAGCUCCUUCAACAUGCAGUACAGCGUGUACAGUAGCAGCGGGGGCAGCAGCCACCACCAUUCGCAUACUCACCACAGGGGCCCAACCCUCCCUAAAGUGAAAACCCCCGCGGGCCACGUGUAUGAAUAUAUCCCCCAUCCACUGGGCCACAUGUGCAAAAACCCCAUCUACCGUUCCCGGGAGGGCAAUUCGGUGGAGGAUUACAAAGAUCUGCAUGAGCUCAAGGUCACCUAUAGCAGCAAUCACCAUCUGCAGCCUCAGCAGCAGCAGCAGCCACAGCAGCAGCCUCAGCAGCCCCAGCAGCAGCAGCAGCAACCACAGCAGCAGCUGCAAUUGCAGCAGGGAGAAGAGGAGAGGCGGGAAAGUCACCACCUGCGGAGCCCCGCCUACAGUGUCAGCACCAUUGAGCCGAGGGAGGAGCUGCUGUCACCAAUGCAAGACGCUGAUCGUUUUUACAGAGGCAUUUUAGAACCCGAUAAACAUUGCACGGCCACCACGGCUGGCAGUAGCCUCCCAGAAUAUCCUAAAUUCCCCUGCAGCCCUGCUGCCUAUACUUUUUCUCCCAACUAUGACCUUAGGCGCCCCCAUCAGUACUUGCACCCGGGGGCAGGGGACAGCAGGCUCCGGGAAACGGUGCUCUAUAGUCCCCCCAGUACUGUCUAUGUAGAACCCAACAGGAAUGAGUAUCUGGAAUUAAAAGCAAAACUAAACGUUGAGCCGGACUACCUCGAAGUGCUGGAAAAACAGACCACAUUUAGCCAGUUCUAAAGGCAAACAAACUCCCCAUAGAGCAUUUGUAUUUAAAACAAACACACGAACAAGCAAACAAGAUGAAUGAACCGGUUUGAUUAAUUGUAUCAUUUCAACGUUUAGGGUGAAGUGCCUUGGCACAGGAUUUUCAGCUUCGGCGAGUGAUACUGAAAGGGUGUGCAAUUUCAUUUUAUUUUUACAAGUAGGAAACAUUUGUGUAAGCUGGGCACAAUUCUUGCUCUUCUUCUGUCAGUUGGGGGAAACAGGAGCAUAUGGAGGGCCAUUUUUGCAGGAGACUUUUAAAGGUCAAAGAAGUUUUGUGGUGGUGGGGAAUACUUCUGUUUUUCAAAGAUUGAAGGGCACAGAUUUCCCUUUUACUCCUCAGAUCCGUCAUUCUCCUCCCCCUUUAAGCCACGGCUGGGUGUAAAUGGCUUUUAUGGAGAGAGAUUAGCACACCCCGACUUUAAUACAAAGUUUCCUUUUUUUUUUUUAAAGGAUGUGUUUGUAUGCUUUCUGGACAUUUGAAUUAAAAAAAAUAUUAUGAUCUUGAAAAGGAUCAGUAUAGAUGUGGAAAAAUCAUUAAAGAGUGCAGAGCUAUAUGACCCAUAACUGGUUAGUCAAAAUAACUUAUUGAUGAAAUAUAAAAAUAUUUUAUUGUAGCACCUAUUUUUAUAUGCACAUCUCCCAUUUCUCUUUCCUUCACUAUUUUAGUCUAUAAUUUGUUUGGAGCUUUAUUUCCAAAGCUUAAGUGGCAUCAGGAGGGCAUUCUAAUAUUAAAAUUUCCAGUAGCAAUGACUGAAUCUUAAAAGACAAUCCAUUCAUAUAAUUGGGUCUGAUUUAAAAAAAAAACUGUUACUUUUCCCCCAACAAGUUAAAUAUUUCCUAUUAAGGAAAUUUGGACUAACUAGUGAGAGAUAUAUGAAACUUGUAGGGAGAGAGAGAGAGAGAGAGAGAGAGAGAGAGAGAGAGAGAGAGAGAGAGAGAGAGAGAGAGACAGAGAGAGAGAGAGAGAGAGCGCCCUCUCUUUUCAUUUAACCAGCCAAAAUAUAUUUUGACUACUAUUGUAGCCAAUUUUUGAUUAUUUAGUCAAAUAAAAUUGCACUUGUACAGAUCCAUUUGUAGACUGGCUCCUUGGAAGACCAAUUUAUGGACUGUGCAAAUUUAUACCUUUGAGCAGCCUUUACCCCUUUGGGCAGCAGACAAUGCUAAAUGAUUACCCUAAAGACAUGAUCACUGUAAGAUGUAUCUCAGCACAUGGAUUCAGAAUAUAUACUUGAUAACCAUUUCAAACAAGAGAAAAUGAAUGAAUGAUUUCCUGAAGUUCAAAAUAUCUGACCCAUAGAACAAUGAUUCUCAAAUGGAAUGGAAAUUAACACAUUUUAAAGAUCAGUUUUGUGCUUGAGGGAGCUAGAAAUUUCUAAAUGUGUCACUAAUAUGCUUAUUAGUGAAAUUUCAAGUUUAUAUUUUGUUUCUAUUCUGAAGUAUUCAUUUGGAACAGGGUAAGUAAUACUGAAUUACACAAGUUACAUGAUGCAGGCUAUCCUGAUUGAUUUUUUUCUUUGUCAUCAGUUUGCCAUUGUGUCCAUAUUUCAAAUUAUGUAAAUUUAGAUUCCAAGUUUAUAAUGAGUUUUGUGACUGAGCUUGAAAUUUCCUCUCACGUGUUCAAAAUACAGGUGACUACAUACGUACUAUUUAUUCAUGUUGGGACAGGUUUGGCCAGUGCAUUGGUCUAUGUCUUAUGGGGCUUAACCUGCUUGUUUGAAGUCAUUUGGAUUGUAAAGGUCUGUAGAUUUCAUUCAGUCUUCCGUGGCAUUCUCAACAACGUUAAAUGGAAAUUGUGAGAAGAUCAAGGGUAGUCCAUGAACCUGAAAGUGCAGGAUGUACUUUACAUGGCAUCUUGCCACAAAGAGGCAGCAUCCACCAGUGAGUAAAUUGACAGCAACUGAUUGAAUUUAGAAUAAAUGGGUGGUUACAUCCUCCCUGAGGAUAAAUAAAGACAAAGCAAAUGAACAACUUCCCAGUCCCCCCAACUCAAAAACAAAAAACAAAAACUUUAUACUACCUCUUCCAAAAUCGGUAUGCCCCUAUAUUUCUUUCUUUAAUUAAAAUUUUGAUAUACUUUUGGCAAGGGGAAAGGGUAGGAUUCAUGAUAACAUAAAAUACCCACUUUUUCUUCCUCCUUGUCUUCUUAGUAUUUGAUUCAUUAUUAGGAAAGAAAAAUGAACAAUAUUAUUUCAUAUUAUAAUGAAAAUGUGUGUAGUUUUUCUUUCCCUUUUAAAUAAAAGGUGUAAAUCAAAAUCCCUUACUCUUUCAUUAUCCUGAAAUACUGUGGAAGUUCUGUGAAAAAAAAUUGAUAAAAUUGGAAGGUUCUCAAGAAAACUAAGCUUUCUUUAAAAGCAUAUAUAUUUGCAAAAUUAUGUGUGUAUAUAUAUGUAUAUAUAUAUAUACACACACACAUUUAUAUGUGUAUAUACACACAUACACAUACACAGAGAUAAGAAUGACAAGAAGACAAGAUAAUAGUAGACACAAAUAAAGGACUUUCAAAGAAUGUUAUGUAAACUUUAUUCUCCAUUAUAUCUAGAAUGUUGUGGUAUUGAUAGAGUAUUUUGAUCUUAUCCAAACAUGUAAUAUUUCUCUUUUGAUUUUUUUAUUUAAAGUAACCAUUUUUGUCCCUGCCAAUACCUAACAUUCUAAAGUUUACAAAAUGUUUUAUCAUAAAAUCAUUCAGAACAUUAAUGAUGAAAGAUCACUUAUCUCUAUGUGUUGUAAAUCUCUGACUCUGCCUUUCUCUUUGUGUCUCUGUCUAUAUAUUUUCCCUCUCUCUUUCUUUCCCUUAUAUAUAUAUAUAUAUAUAAUUAUAUAUGCAGAUAUAUAAUUAUAUAUAUGUAUGUGUUUCAGUACUGAGAAGGAAAGUAAAAGAGUAAGGGAAGAUUAGAAUUUUAUGGCUCAAUAAAACAGCAGUGGUAAAGAACUAAAAAAGUGUCCAUCAAUGGAAUAUGUAAUAUAUGAAUGAAUAACUUUUCAUUGAUUUUCAUUUUUAAAAUGCAUUAAUUAUAAAACAUAUGCAAUAUCAUAAUACCAGCUCUUGUUUAGUCACUCAACAAGAAUUUAGAAAGGGCAAUUCCUGGGAAGGUUUGAUUUUUGAUACUCUAUAAUAUUUAUUGAUGCCAAUACUGCAAGAAAGAAUCAAGAAGUCUUGUGGCUCCUAUCCCCAGAGUUUAAAAAUAUAAUAGUGUGUUGUCUUAUGCAUCAAUUAAGAUGUGGGUGCAAAAGAAAAUUUUACUUUCUACUGCUUUAAUUUUCUAUGUUUCUCUCUAAAACAGAGACUCAGAUGUAUGAUUCAAUAAAGAGCCUGCUCUUUAUUUUAUCUUAGCAUUAUUAUAAUGCAGAUACAUAAAUUAACCAAGAGAAAGGAAUAAUGUUCAGCUUCAAUUUUAAGUGGGUUACAUGCUAAUUUACAGAAGCCCUUUGGAGCUAAUAAACUAUUGACUAAGGUUAUGAAUUAAACAGGAUUCAUUUAAAAAUAGUACCCAUUUGUCCACGUCUAAAAAUACAUUUACAUUUAUUCUCUUCAGGUUUAAGUUCUGAUUUUAGGAUCAGGCCUUUUCAUUCAGGCCAGAUAUAUACCACAUGAAAAAUUGAGGCAAUUAAGUCAAUAACUCAUUUCUUUAGCAUUUUUUAAUGCUUGAAAAUUUGACCUUCUCCCUUCUUUUAGUCCCUCCAAAAAGAAAAAAAAUAUUUCAUGAUGAUAUAUGGGCAAAAAUGAAUCAGAUUAGAGUUAAUUUUACAUUUAACUGCUCCAAGACUAUAGUUCUUUUCCUCCUCUUCCUCUUCCUAUGCAGACCACAGUAUUACAUUUUGGGAUUAAAUGAUACCUAGAUUUCCUUCUUUGGGGGUGAAAGGAAGAUGGAGACCAAGAUAUUUGUUGUUUCUUUGAAAUGUCAUAAACUGGUUACUUCUUAGGAGAGUUCAGUGGAUGUCCCCAAAGAGUUGUGCAACUGCAAAAUAAUGUGAACAAUAGAGAAAAUAAUUUCCCAAUUUACAUGGUUCAUUUAAUAUUUUAUAUUUUAAAUGAUCUUGAAUUAAUUAAUCUGACCAAUUUGCAGAAGUGCUAUGUGUAACCAUUUUAAAAUAAUGAAGUAUUUUUAAAUAUAGAAUUAAAUUAAAUAUUAAUCCUAAGCAGGCACAAAGCACCAGAAACCAGACAUUUCUAUGAACUUAUUUUCAAAGGAGAAAAUAUUUAAAUGAAUGUGAUAAGUAUAUCAUUGUCAAAUUACCUUAUUGUUUUCUUCUAAUUCAUAGAUACAUGUCCCCAAAAUAUAUAUUUGAUAAAACAUCCAUCAGUGUUGCCCCAAAUCAAGCACCCAGGUCAUUAAAAGUUGUCUACAUCUGUUAAGAUUUCCUUUGCUAUUUUUAUAUUGAUACAACUCUGCAAAUUAAAGACUUUUCAUUACUUCUUUAAUUAUAAUAGGUAUUUGUGGCUUUAUUUGCAUAUAUAUGUAUAUGUGUACAUGUAUAUGUUAGAAAAAUUCUAUACACUACUAAUUUCAUAGUUAUGUUUUUUCUUUUGACAAAUGCUAAUAACAAUUUGAUGUCAUGCAGUCAUGGACCACCCUUCAGUUAUGGGGGAGGGGAAGAGAGAAGGUUGAUACAAUAUAUUGUCUGGGUGUGAAAAGUAAUAUAACCACUUCUCAGUUUUUUUUUCAUCAUUCUACUUAGCUUAUGAAAGACAGGCAAAGUAUUUGCAUUGGGAAUCUUAGUAUUUUAGAAUGAGUUAUUUUUGUAUUAAUUUUUGAAGAUGGAGGAAGAUUUUGCACCUACCUAUUGCCUGUUUAAUCUGAAUGUUACAGCAUUCAAUACCAAUUAAUACAAAAAUUGAAUUAAACCAUUUGUGGUUAAAACAAACUUUCAAGAUUCCAUAGCAUUGUUAUUUUGUAGUUAUGAAUAACUUGUAUUUCAUAAAGCCUGAAUCAAAGUGCAAACAGGAAACAUAAUAUCGACUUCAUUAGAUAUCUUCCUACUAGAUAGUAUUUAAAUCUAUUCCUGUGAAUAAUUACUGAGUUAUGUCAAAUGGGAAUUUAUUUGACUCCUUUAAUUAAACUUCUAGAAAACUUUAUCAAUGAACAUGAAAAAGUUUAUUUCUUUACCACCAACCCCCCCAAAAGUAUAACAUUUUUAAUUAAUUAAAAGCUUGUCCAAGAUUUGAAGUCAUAAAAUAUUACAUUUUAAGGUCUUUUAAUUUCUCAUAUUUAUUUGAAGAUUUUGGGAUUAGUUACUGUGCUAAGAAAACAUUUAUAAGUAUUGUUUUUAAGCAAAAUAUUUGCAUUAAAAUACCAUGAUUAAUUGAAGUUAUUACUUAGAUGAGCAUUUCAGUGAGAUGUGCAUAUUUCUUUUUACAAAACAGCAUGAAAAAUCAUGCUCCUUACAUUAUGUUCAAUGUAUUAUGCACAUGUCAAAGUUUAAAUAAAUCACAAAAAAUUACAAUAGUCUAUACUAUGACUUGAAUAGCUCUUUAAAUGAAGUUGGUUAUGUUCCUAUAAUAAAUUUUACUUGACUGAUCAAAAUGAAAAGUCCAGUAUAUAUUUACAGAUUUUCAGUAGUUGCACACCUGAGAGACUAUACUUUUUCAUAAGAAAAGUGAUGAGAAUUAUCUUUUAAUCAAUGAAAAUAUUUUUAUAAAUUUAUAUGCUAGUCAGAAAUUUUACAUCCAUAUGCUUUAUUCUUCAGUAGACCAUUGGAAAUGAUAUAGAUAAUAAUUUAAAAGACCCUAAAAAUUAUGAAGGAAUCCCAUGUAUAUAGGUAUAUUUUAUCUAUAUAUUCAUAUCUGGGUACAAAUUUCAUGUAAAAUUCUCAAUUUUGAAUCUUUGCUUGGAAUGAAUUGAAAUCUAGAUUUAAUUUGCUAUUUAUUUGGUAUUUAUUGAGCUACUUGUAUGUAUACAUAUUGGGCAUAUAAAUUAGUUAUUUUUUAAGACUAUAACACCAGCAUUUAGCUCUCAGGCAGUGUCUAUUUAUUUUAAUGUUUUUAUAAGAGCAUUUAUAACUUUAAUGCCUAAAUUUUAUAGUUUCCAGACCAAAUUAUCUUUAUGUCCAUUUUUUCCUAUUUGCCUUUUUAUUUUUCCUUCUUCAUCCCUUUUUGCUUACAGGAUGGUAUAUGUGUUAUUGCAAAUUUAGUCACUAUAACCACAUAUAUUCAAUUGAUGCAUUUAUAAAUAAAGUUUAAGUCAAUCUA